CUUUCGCUGCACUUCCUGUUCUUCUUCGUCUUCGACUUCGAUUAGUUAGGGUUUUUGAGCACGAAGCUUUCCCUCAAAUCUCAACAAUGGAGGCCACCAAGGAACAAGGAGCUGGCUUACUGCACCACAUCCUCCCUCCGCGCCUCGAAGACGCUGGCCUCGAAGACUGCGCGCUCCCAGCGGACUCCAUCAAAGAAGCCUUCCUCAAAGCCGCAACGGCCGUUAAGUCACGAUCCACCUCGAUCUUCACCGCCGACGAAGACGAAGAAGCUUUUGAGGAUUGUAUCAGUGACCCAUGGCCUGACCUAAAGGUUCCCGCUGACGAGGUGAUCGGAGCUGGGCCUGAGACGCGGUCGCCGGCACCGUGUGGCGGCGAUAAGGGUCGGUCGGUGGAGGUCGGUGGAGAUGAAGUGGUGGUGGGUGGUGAGGAGGUGAAAGGGGAUAAGGUGAUUGUGGGAGGUGAAGAUGUGAGAGAGGGUGGUGAUAGGGCUUGUGUGGAUGGGUUGGCUGGGUUGGAAAUUGGAGGGAAGAAGAACAGUAAGGUGAGGAAUGGUGAUGGUGAAGGACCAAUUUUGGUUGGAGGUUAUGUUUGAAACCCUAAUUAGAUUUUACAUUUACUAGUUUUGUUUUGAUUUUAUUUUUGGGGUUUGUGUUAACUUCAUGCUGUUUGUGCUUGUAUUGUAUAGUGUAAUGACAAAUUGACAAUGUGAAGAUUGAGGUAAAAUACACAAGCUUUGUUGCAA